GGAAUUUUCAGGGGAAAUCAGCCAUCAUGGUGUCCACAAACCAAGAUACAGACGGCCAUCCAUACAAGCACAAGUACAGAGAAUUAAAGAGGAGGCUCAAAUAUCUCGUCUACGAGAAUGAAUGUUUUGAGGCCGACAUCAGAGAUGCUAGGGCUAAACUCCUGCAAAUCAGUCGAGAGAAAAGUUUUUUAUUGGAUCACUUGAUGUCACACGAAACCGUUACAAUAUCAGAUGACAGUGAUAUAGAAAGUACUGAUUAUUCCAGUGAUGACGAGAGUAUCAAACUCCCUCCUUCAUCGCAUAAUUCAUCUGGAUUACCUCUCACCAACACCAAAUCACUUCGUUCCACUGCAGCCGCUAGUGAUAGUGCCCCGCCCACUAAACAAACGACUAGAAUGAGAGGGACGGCUCGUCGAGGGACCCAGAGGGGCGGAGCCACAACCCGCCAGACCUCGUCUGCCAGUAAAACCAGCAAAACUACAAAGAUGACUGCAAAAACUGCAACUAACCCGAGCAAACCUCCUCCCUCACUAUCGUUAGUAGUGUCCCUACCAAGACCACCCCCGGUUCCGGCUCUUCAACCGGUUGGGAAGCGCCCAGGGACUCAAAUACAGCCUGCCGGACGGAAAAAGAUGAAACUAAGCAGUCCGGUUGAGAGUACAAGCUCGUCUAGUUCUAGUGAUAGUGAUGAUAGCGAUUCGUCUGAGAGCUCCAGCGUGGACUCGAAACGUUCCUCUCUACCUCCCCCUCCUCCUCUUAUACUGAGUAGCUCUCCUGCGACGCCAAGUCCUACUGUACUGACGCCCAAACCAGUUUUACAAUCCCCUCCCGUUAAAAUGAUGACUCCUGGUGCAUUGACAACGCUAGCUUUGGUCCCUUCAAGCAAUCUCUCACUCCUCUCUCCCUCUCCUUCCUCUACUUCAAUGUCCGCCGGGUCUAAUACCCUCCUCUCUCUUCCUUCUUCCUCUUCUUCUAAAGUCUUAGUUACCGUAAGAGACAAGAGAGACAUGGCCACUGCUUUUCAUACUGUCAAGAGCUCACUGAGUGCUAAUGGCAGCCAGUCACAGAACAGGUAGUACAAUGAAGCUCUGAUGAAGCAACUGCACAGUAACUCUCUUCCUUUUCUCUCCCUCCCUCUCUCUUUCAUUUUAUAAUUUAUAAUA